AUGUCCCGUCCAGAAGACACUCUGCCCCCCGACCUCUUCUACAAUGACUCCGAAUCCCGCAAAUACACUACCUCCUCGCGAAUCCGCAACAUUCAAUCAAGCAUGACCCAACGCGCCCUCGAACUGCUCGACCUCAAAUUCCCUUCUCUCAUUCUAGACAUAGGCUGCGGUUCUAGCCUAUCAGGCGAAUUGCUCUCUUCCGUUCCUCAGUCCGAAGGCGGGCCGCACACUUGGAUUGGCAUGGACAUCUCACCUUCCAUGUUGGACAUUGCUUUGCAGAGAGAAGUUGAGGGUGACCUGUUUCUAGCAGAUAUUGGACAGGGUGUCCCAUUUCGUGCUGGAACGUUUGACGCUGCUAUUAGUAUCAGUGCCAUCCAGUGGCUAUGUAAUGCUGAAUCCAGCGAUGUUAGUCCUGAGGGCAGGUUACGCAGAUUCUUCGACGGGUUAUAUGCUAGUUUGCGUCGGGGUGCACGUGCUGUGUGUCAGUUCUAUCCCAAAAAUGACGCACAAAGGAGCAUGAUUAGCGGUGCGGCGAUGAAGGCUGGGUUUGGCGCUGGUAUUCUGGAGGACGAUCCGGGGACGAAGAAUAGCAAGCUCUACCUUGUGCUGACAGUUGGUGGAGGUGGGCUGCAGGGGGAUAUCACUGGCGUGGUAGAAGGUAUGGAUGAUGUUGAUGUCUUGGAUGCGAGGAAAAAGGCUAUGGACGGUCAAUCUAAGGGGAGGAGAGGUGUCGACCCAGCCCGUGUCAAAGGCACCAAAGCUUGGAUUACGAGAAAGAAAGAGCAGAUGGAACGCAAGGGGAAAAUUGUUAAACCUACAUCAAAAUAUACUGGCCGGAAGAGACGUAUCGCGUUUUGA